AUGACGAAUAAGGGCAAAACAAACGCAAAGGGUAAAGCUCCCGCCGGGAAAGAUUCCGACGGAAAACGCAAGCGCGGUUACGACGAUGACAAAACAGGCGGCCUCAAGAGGAAGAAUCGAGGAGUCGUUCAGUUCUUCGAUGAAGAAGCAGCUGACAUCGACGACAGCGAAGAGAGUGACUGCAGUGAUUUAAGCGAUGAUUCUUAUGAAGAUGAAUUUGAGACUUUGUCAACAAGGAAUGUGUCAGAUAAGGGUCAGAGUAGCUUCCUGUUUUCCCCUAAACAGGAGCUUGUGGAUGAAAUAGAAUAUGAUAGACUGGCGGAAGAACGAUUUGGUUCUAGGUCUUACACUUUUGCUGGUGAUGAUGAGUUUGAGGAUAAACCAAUGGAUCAGAGUUCUUUACAUCAUGCUCUUAAGGAAUCAGUUCCAACCAUAUGGAAAGUUAAAUGCACUGUUGGGCGCGAGAGGCUUUCGGCUAUCUGUUUGAUGCAGAAGUUUGUUCACCUGAAAUCACUUGAUACUAAAUUGCAGAUAAUAUCUGCCUUUGCUGUAGAUCACAUGAAAGGAUAUGUAUAUGUUGAAGCUGAAAGGCAAUGUGAUAUAAAUGAGGCAUGUAAAGGGAUUACUGGUAUCUAUGCUACUCGGGUGCAAGCUGUUCCGAGAAAUGAAGUUUUUCAUUUGUUCUCUUUUAAAAUUAAAAAACCCGAAAUAUCUGAGGGCAUGUGGGCUCGUGUAAAAGCUGGUAAUUACAAGGGGGACUUAGCGCAGGUUGUAGCAGUGAAUAAUACGCGCAAAAAAGUUACCGUGAAACUGAUUCCAAGAAUAGACCUACAGGCUCUGGCUGCCAAAUUUGGUGGAGGAUGUCGCCAAAAAAACUCAGUACCAGCACCAAGAUUAAUCAGCUCCAGUGAACUUGAGGAGUUUCGACCUCUGAUCCAAAUUAGACGUGACCAGGACACAGGCAAGGUUUUUCAGGUUCUUGACGGCUUGCUCCUCAAAGAUGGAUAUGUAUAUAAGAAAGUAUCUCCUGAUUCAUUAAGUUUUUGGGGUGUUGUUCCCACUGAGGAGGAGCAAUUAAAGUUCGGGUCUUCUGAAAACAAUGAAUCAAAUGAUAUGGAGUGGCUUUCUAAUAUUUAUGGUGACACAAAGAAAAAACGGGUAAUAACAGCUGACAAGGGUGAUGGCAAAGGAGAGGGUUCAUCAGGUUCAGGAAAAGAUUUUGAAUUAUUUGCUCUUGUGUGUUUUCGCAAAAAGGACUUUGGUGUGAUAAUAAGCACGGACAAAGAUGGUACUUACAAGAUUCUAAGAGAAGGUUCAGAAGGACCUGCUGCUGUAACUGUUGAACGAAACGAAAUAAAAAGUGCGCUCUGUGAUCUUAAACUUAGUGCCCAAGACCUGCACAAUAAGACUAUAAUUGUUAAUGAUAACGUCAAGGUUCUGGAGGGUCCAUCCCAGGGUAAACAAGGUGUAGUUAGGCAUAUCUAUCGAGGGAUUGUUUUUGUGUAUGAUGGAAAUGAGGAAGAAAAUGGGGGUUACUUCACAGCUAAAGCUAUUAUGUGUGAGAAAGUCAAGCUUGCUGUUGGUGAUUUCAGUGGAACUGGAAAGGAUGGUGAACCAGGCCCUUUAGUCUUUGAUGAUCAACCAUCAUCACCAAGGUCACCACUGUCACCGAAAAAGCCAUGGGAAACAAGACAAAGUGAUCGCGAGUUUAACCGUGGGGACAGUGACAGCUUGUUUGCUAUUGGCCAGACCUUGAGAAUUAGGAUAGGUCCUUUGAAGGGAUACCUCUGCCGUGUCACUGGCAUACGUCGCUCCGAUGUUACUGUGAAACUAGAUUCUCAACAAAAGUUUCUUACAGUUAAAUCUGAGCACCUUUCUGUGGUUCAAGGGAAGAGUACCGCAGUGUCAACAAGUGAUGAUCCAGAUUCGAGUUCAUUGAAGCCAUUUGAUUUGCUGGGUGGUGCCGAAGGCGGCUCUGGAGGUUGGAUGAAUAAUAAUGCGGGAACGUCUACCGGAGGCGGUGGAUGGAAUGCUGGAGAAACCUCCACUGGAGGAGGUGGAUGGAAUGCUGGAGAAGCCUCUACUGGAGGAGGUGGUUGGAAUGCUGGACAAACCUCCACUGGAGGUGGUGGAUGGAAUGCUGGAGAAACAUCAGCUGAAAGGAGUGCAUGGUCUAAUACUUCAGCUCCAAGUUCUGUGCCAGGGUCUACCUCGGAUCCCCCCAACUCUCACGGUAAUGCAGAAGAUAACGGCUGGGGCACUAAAAAUACUUCAACUCCAAAGCCAUCAUGGGGUGCUGCAGAGAACACGGGAGUCACAUCGGAGCCUGAUCAGUCUGGUGGCUGGGGAAAAGAUGUAGGCAGUUCGGGUCAGGCAGAGCUUAACGGCAAUCAGAAUACUGCCUGGGGCACUAAAAGUACUUCAGCUCCAAAGCCCUCAUGGGGUGCCACAGUGAACACUGGAACCACAUCUGAGCCAGAUCAAUCUGGUGGAUGGGGAAAAGGUGGAGGUAGCUCGGGUCAGGCAGACCUUAAUGACAAUCAGAAUACUUCCUGGGGCAUUAAAAGCACUUCAACUCCAAAGCCCUCAUGGGGCGCUGCAGUGAACACUGGAACCACAUCUGAACCAGAUCAAUCUGGUGGAUGGGGAAAUGGUGGAGGCAGCUCGGGUCAGGCAGAGCUUAAUGACAAUCAGAAUACUUCCUGGGGCUCUAAAAGCACUUCAACUCCAAAGCCCUCAUGGGGCGCUGCAGUGAACACUGGAACCACAUCUGAGCCAGAUCAAUCUGGUGGAUGGGGAAAAGGUGGAGGAAGCUCGGGUCAGGCAGAGCUUAAUGACAAUCAGAAUACUUCCUGGGGCACUAAAAGUACUUCAACUCCGAAGUCCUCAUGGGGUGCUGCAGUGAACACUGGAACCACAUCUGAACCAGAUCAAUCUGGUGGAUGGGGAAAUGGUGGAGGCAGCUCGGGUCAGACAGAGCUUAAUGACAAUCAGAAUACUUCCUGGGGCUCUAAAAGCACUUCAACUCCAAAGCCCUCAUGGGGUGCUGCAGUGAACACUGGAACCACAUCUGAGCCAGAUCAAUCUGGUGGAUGGGGAAAUGGUGGAGGCAGCUCGGGUCAGGCAGAGCUUAAUGACAAUCAGAAUACUUCCUGGGGCAAUAAAAGUACUUCAACUCCGAAGCCCUCAUGGGGUGCUGCAGUGAACACUGGAACCACAUCUGAGCCAGAUCAAUCUGGUGGAUGGGGAAAAGGUGGAGGCAGCUCGGGUCAGGCAGAGCUUAAUGACAAUCAGAAUACUUCCUGGGGCAAUAAAAGUACUUCAACUCCGAAGCCCUCAUGGGGUGCUGCAGUGAACACUGGAACCACAUCUGAGCCAGAUCAAUCUGGUGGAUGGGGCAAGAAAAGCGAAUGGAGCUCGGGAAACAGUGGAAGCCAAGCUUCAGAUGUGAACAAAAGUAAAUGGAAUUCUGGUAAUUCUGAUCCCCAAUCUCAAAAUUCAAAUUGGGGAAAAAACAACUGGAAUUCUAGUUCUGGUGGUGCAAGUGAAGGCACUAAUUGGAGUAGCAAUGAAGGUCAAAAUGAAACUUCUGAUGACGGAGGUGGGGGAAGGGGAGGUUAUCGUGGUAGAGGUUCCUCUGAUCGAGGUGGCUUUAGAGGUAGAGGGUUUCGGGGUAGAGGAGAACGUGGGGGCUUUGGUGGUAGAGGUAGAUCAGAUAAUGAAGGUUUUGGUGGUAGAGACAGAGGAUUUGGAGGAGGCAGAGGUCGUGGUUGGAACAAUAGUCGCGAUUCUGGUGAGGAUGGAUCCUCUGGCUGGAAGAAUAAUAGUGGGUCUGGGGCUUGGAACCAAAGUAGUGGUGAGAAGAAGCAUGGAGGGAGCUGGAGCCAUGAAAAUGCAGAUAAGGAGCGUUCAAGUAAUGCUGGAGGUGGUAGUAAUAAGCCGUGGCAGAGCUGGACUUCAGCAAGUGGUGGAGCUAGCGGUGGUUGGAACAGUGAUGGGCCAGGACAGGGGACAGAAAAUAAAGGCGGUGCUGGCUGGGCAAAGGGAACGGAUUCCGGUGCUGGCUGGACUAAGGGAACGGAUUCCGGUGCUGGCUGGGCUAAGGGAACGGAUUCGGGUGCUGGCUGGGCAAAGGGAACGGAUUCGGGUGCUGACUGGGCAAAGGGAACAGAUUCUGGUGCUGGCUGGGCAAAGGGAACAGAUUCUGGUGCUGGCUGGGCAAAGGGAACCGAAUCUGCUCCAGAUAACGGGCAACCGUCUAGUUGGAAUGAAUCUGCAGCAAAUGGUGCUGCAGGUUCGUGGGGCAAGAAAAAUGACGGUGGUAGCAAAGGUGGAUGGUGA